ACCCAGCCCAAACCCCUAGCUUCCCCCCGAGACCCUCAGCAUGUCUACAGGACUCCAGUUUAGUAUUCACUGGAAGAGAUGCGCUGAUGCUCCCUCGCUAGACCUACAGGCUGCUGGUUGGAGCCAUAAGGGAACGGGAGGAAGAAUUAGCCUGUGUGUUUAUGUGGCUGUGCUCCAGUAAAUAUUUUGAUGCAUCUGCUGCCAGCUCUGGUCUGAGGGAAUCUACCUAGCAUUUAAAUUUUGAUGGGGAGCUGUUUUGAAUAAUAACAGUGCAGCCGGCUGUGAGUCAGUGCAUGUGUGUUGACUUAAAAAAAAAAAAAAAACCUCAAAGCUUAACGCUUGCUGAACGCUGAGCUGCAGUGCUUUGCUUUUUCCCUCCUCCUUUCUUCUUUUCUUUCUUCUCUUUACUUCCUCUGUUUUGUUUUGUUCUUGGGGGCAUUUCACGUAGAUUUUGUUCACCGGCGGUGGGGGGUUGGGGUGAGAAGAAUAAAAAAAAUACAGCCAAAAUAAAUCCUCCCCAAAAACUCACAAGUAGCUUUUGCAAUGGGUGCUGUAAUGGGUACGUUCUCUUCUCUACAAACGAAACAAAGAAGACCAUCAAAAGAUAAAAUUGAAGAUGAAUUAGAAAUGACUACAGUGUGCCAUAGACCUGAAGGACUGGAACAGCUUGAAGCACAAACCAAUUUCACUAAAAGAGAACUUCAAGUACUUUACAGAGGAUUUAAAAAUGAGUGUCCUAGUGGGGUUGUUAAUGAAGAAACAUUCAAACAGAUCUAUGCACAGUUUUUUCCUCAUGGAGAUGCUAGCAUGUAUGCACAUUAUCUCUUUAACGCCUUUGACACUGCACAGAAUGGCUCAGUGAAGUUUGAGGAUUUUGUGAUGGCAUUGUCCAUUCUGUUGCGAGGAACUGUUCAUGAAAAGCUAAGAUGGACGUUUAAUCUGUAUGACAUAAAUAAGGAUGGAUAUAUAAACAAGGAGGAAAUGAUGGAUAUCGUAAAGGCAAUUUAUGAUAUGAUGGGAAAGUACACGUAUCCAGUGCUCAAGGAAGAUGCACCAAGGCAGCAUGUAGAAGUAUUCUUCCAGAAAAUGGAUAAAAACAAAGAUGGUGUUGUAACUUUAGAUGAGUUUAUUGAAUCAUGUCAGGAGGAUGACAAUAUCAUGCGAUCCUUACAGCUCUUUGAGAAUGUGAUGUAACCGUGUCUGGUGAGUGCUGGAGGAGUCAGAGACUUUCUGUGUAACAAAGGUCUCCUUUCUGGGUGAAAGCUUUUUACAAUUCAGCCAUGUUCAGUAUGUGAGGAUUUUGUACGACAUCUCCAACCAAAUGGCAACCGAAUGCAACCAAUCCCACAUCUCCCCAAGAGACACUGGUGGACUUUUGUUUCGUUUUGGAAGCAUGUGAAUAUUUUAAUAAAUCCUGACAAGAG